CUUGCAUGCCUUGGGACGCAGGUCCGAGAGGAAGUGGUUAAGCGCCUUGAAUGGGCCCAUAACUAACUGCUUACUACCUUAUGUCGAGGGGGGCGCCGUGAUCCAUUCAUGCUCUGCCAAACCGCAACAACUCGCCACGAUCGAAUCAAUCCACGUUGGUGUGCUCCUGCUGAGGGAUUUCCCAUUUAUGCACUCCACGGUGGUGGCUAAGCUUUAGGUCCAGGCAAGGUGUUGGCAUACAUAGUAACUGCAAAUGCGUGCCGACGAACGGAGGAGGUUGGUUGUUCAAAACUCAGCAGGUUCGUCGGGCAAUGUUGGUGACGUCUACCCGGCGCCCCCCGGCGCCCCCCGGUAACCCAUGUCCACCAAGCCGAGGCUGCUGCUGCUGCUGCGUGGUUUUCAUCUCGCCUCGGGGGCCCGAUGUCACAAGGAGGGGCUGGCUGGUUUGCCCUACCUACUACCCACCUAUUGAUGGAAAUGCUUCGGGUAGCCACAUGAGCUCGAGGUCAGCAGUCUCGCGCCAUCGGCCAGUAAGCGUUCCGGGUUUCGCGUUGAUGAGCUUGAUGAUGAGGGGCUGCGGCCGCUGGGGAGAUCGUUCCCCUCAGUGGUGGGUAAGGCAAGGUGGACUACUAUACAUAGGUCAGCUAGACGGAGUGGGAGAUAAACCGAGGCGGGGUAAGGAGGGGUGGUGUGUCUCCAGCACGGGAGCCUGGAUCACCUUCAACGACACUCCCCUACGUAGUGUAUACAAUGUACUCCGUACCUUGAGCGUUGCUUGGGUAGCAUGUACAGUACAAUACAGAAUAAUAUCAGUCGAUCGUAAUGUAGCAACUUGCAACCUUCACCCGAUCUGGAUCUCCCCGCAGCCGAAGCUACCAGGGGAGAGACAAGGGAGCUUGACCCCACCCCAAGACCGUUGGCGAUGCGGCCCCUCGGCAAUAGUGUCGUUUUUUAGCAACGGAAAUCGAUACAUUGCCAGCACGCCAGCUUUCUCGCAGCAGUCACUCCACGGGAGUUGGGGGUUUUCAUGACACAAGAGAAUAGCCAACGACCAUCGACUGGCUUUAGGCUACGACCCUGCCGGGUUGCCAGACGCAGACGAGAGACGAGUUGAGAAUGGUGACAUGAAGAUAUGCAGGGACAGUGGGGAGGAGAUGAACGUGCGAGGAAAAAGCAAAGAAAAAGAGACGAAACGGAAAUAAGAAAAGAAAACAUGCAGGGUGUUGACGUGAUGCAUGACAUAGAGAGAGAAACAUUAGCAAUCUAGCUGCAGCAUAAGUGGCUAGUCUGCUGAUGAUGGCUUAAUUGGACAGACGCGAACCUGGAAGGCUCGUCGAGACGGCCUGGCUGCGUCGACGGCAGAAGAUCCGCUCCUCAUAGUAGACGACGAACAGAUU